UCCUCUCUUCUCGAUUCUCUUCUUCUCCUAUCUACAUUCCUAUACCGUCCCUCCUUCCUCCUGGGUCGCAUGCCUCUUCCUCGCCGAGGUACAUCAUCAUCACCGAUCGUUCCCACGAUCACUGUCGCGACCACCAGCGAUCGAGGAGGCAGCAACAGUCGCCGCGUGUUCUCGCACUCGUACCCGUCGCGCGCUCAGAUCGGACUCGAGGAGUCGGGGACAGGAAUCGCGCGUACUUGGCUGAUACCGCCGUGAGGGACCGUUGGACGUGGAGGACCCACUGGGACAUGCCCUGACUCGCGGGGAACCGUUUCCUCGGGUGACGAGCACGAGCGAAAAGAGAGAAGUAAAAGCGCGCUAUUUUUUUCAUCCGGAUCAGCAUCAGCAUCUCCGGUACAUAAUAACGGCCGACGAUCCGACCGGCACACUUAGCGCACACCGCGGAGAGGAGGACCGACUUUCUCCAGUUGGCAGUCAAGCCGCGCGCGCGAGGCAAGCGCUUCGAGGUCGCCGCGAGAAAACGCCGCGUGCCGCGUGGACGAGGUGGACCGUACGCGCGACUCGUUGAAUGAGGUCUCUGGAAGGAAUCCACUUUGACAAGUCGGUUGUUGCUCGUGCAUGACGCAGCGCGCCGCUCCAAAGGCGUAUCCAGACGCUCGGUGGACCAUCGGUGAGAGAAAGGGAGGGAGAGAAAGAAAGGGCGGCAGAGAAAGAAAAAACACGCGUUUACACUUCGCGCCUCUUGUGCUUGUGAUAUCAGGGUGAACGCACGGUGAAACGUCGCUCAGAAUGAGGGUGCAUCGCGGGAUCUGCGCCAAACUGCAGGGCGGCUUCCUCAGACGAUGGUGGGCGGCCGUUGCAUGCGGAGUUCUGCUGAUAAUCCUGGCCGCCGUACUGGCGGUCCUAUUCCCGAAUCUCAUCAACCUGGUCCUAGACAAGGAGCUCGCGCUACAAGAGGGCGGACGCACGUACAAAUUUUGGAAGGAGCCGCCGGUCGUGCCGCGUAUGCAACUCUACAUCUACAACGUGACGAACGCCGACGAGUUUUUGAACAACGGUGAGAAACCGGCGCUGCAGGAGCUGGGUCCGUACGUUUACGAGCAGCACUGGGAGAAGGUGGACAUCAAAUUCAACGAUAAUGGAACUGUCACCUACAAAGUCAAGAAGACGUUCAUUUUUAAUUCGGAAUUGUCAGCCGGUUCCGAUGACGAUCUUGUGGUCGUGCCGAACGUUCCUAUGCUCUCGGCUACCAGCCAGUCGAAACACGCCGCCCGUUUCCUGCGACUGGCGAUGGCGUCUAUCAUGGACAUCCUGAAAAUCAAGCCGUUUGUCGAGGUGUCGGUCGGACAGCUGCUCUGGGGUUACGAGGACCCCUUGCUAAAGCUGGCCAAGGACGUUGUGCCCAAGGAGCAGAAGCUGCCGUACGAUCAGUUCGGUCUGCUGUACGGCAAGAACUCGACCGGGGCGGACCUGUACACGAUAUUCACCGGCGCCAACGACAUCACCAAAUUCGGAUUAAUGGACAGGUGGAAUGGCAAGAGCGCCCUCGGUUUCUGGACCACGCAGGAAUGCGACUCCGUCAUGGGCACCGACGGCAGCAUAUUCCCACCUCACAUCACGAAGGAGACCGUGCUCAAGGUCUUCGACAAGGACCUCUGCCGGACGUUGCCGCUGGUUUAUCAGCGCGAGGUGAUAGCUGCCGGUGGGAUCCCCGGCUACAGAUUCUCCCCGCCGACGAACGUCUUCACCUCGGUGGAGAAUCUACCGUCGCAGCAAUGUUACUGCCCAGCUGGACCACCGUGCGCACCGGAGGGCACGUUCAACGUCUCCAUGUGCCAGUACGACUCGCCGGUUCUCCUCACCUUCCCGCACUUCUACCUUGCCGAUCCGGCCUUACGAGAGGCCGUGACGGGCAUAUCGCCGCCGGAUCCCGAGAAGCAUCAGCUUUACAUCGACGUGCAGCCGAUUAUGGGGACGGCAAUGAAGGCGCGGGCGAGGGUGCAGAUAAAUCUCGCGGUCAGCCAGGUGCGAGACAUCAAGCAGGUCGCUUCGUUCCCCGACAUCGUUUUCCCCAUUAUGUGGUUUGAGGAUUGCGUCGACGAGCUGCCACCGGAGAUGCGCUCCCUGCUGAAGCUGGCGGUGGAGCUGCCGCCGGUGGCCCACGCCGCGGUGUCCGGCGCCCUCGCCGCGAUCGGCGCGAUCAUCCUGCUCGGCGCGCUCAUGUGCCUGGCGCGCGCCGCCAAGCGCCAGGAGAAGCUGCACCUGAGCAACCCGCUGCCGGCGAACGCGACGAGCACCAAGCACGGCCAGCUGAACCCGGCCUUCCAGAAGUAGAAUUCCAUCGACCGAGUGAGGGGAAUCGAGUGCGCGAGUGCUCGGGAGUUUCGCCGCGCGCGCGAGUGUGUACCCUCUCGCGAGGACUUGUACGAUAAUCUUACUUAUCUUAUAGGCGACGGGCAUGUGCUUUAUAUCUCGAUUAGGAUUUCCACGUACGACUCUCGCGAGUCUCGCGAGAGAGAAAGAGGGAGCGAGGAAGGUGAAAGAGGAGAGGGUGAGGCUCGUUCGGCGCGACACGAAUUUUGUCGGGUCGCGCGGACAGCCGUUACGUUUUAGAUUUAUUUAUAUUACGUGUGUGUUUCUUCUCGGAAUAGUAUAUUUGUCAGACGGUGUCAAGUCGAGCGAGUACAAAUUAAUCGCGGGUAACGAUCGGCUACGAGAGAUCUGUGGAGCAGAUGUUCGACGUUGUUCUUUUAUUGCUCUCUCGUAAGAGACGUAAUCGCGAGACGAAUCGACGGAUCUCUUUUCUCCGUGAAGGAACGAGCUAACAUCGGAAAAUUUGUUGAGACAAUUCUGCUUCUGGAAAUAUCUAGACUAGAAUUUAAAAGUUGCUCGAAAAAAAAAAAUCGCGGACGAUCCGCGCUUCGUCGCGCGUUUUUCUUAUCUCCAUUGUUGAUAACUUCUCUACCGAGAAAUUGAUCGAAAAAUAGAGAGGGAGAUGUCUUAUUGUCAAUAUUUAGAUUUAUUUUAUUUUAUCUUGAUAUUAUUGUUGUGGAAUGGGCAACACACCUGUCGGCGAAUUUUCCUACAAUGUUUUUCUACGAUACUAUACGUAAUAAAAUAGGAAGUUAGAGAGUCGAGAGUCAUACCGUUCCGAAGAACUUGACCGGCGGUAAAAAUUUACGAUGACGCAACGCCGUUCUGUUUGUUAGAAUUAUUAAUAUUAAUAACGAGCUGCCUCUAGCUCCACACGAUCGAAUCCGAUCCCCGUUCGGAUCGCCGUUUAAUCGCCCGAAGCGAUUAUCGCCGCGAGUACUGACGUAAGGAUCAAAGAUGACAAUUGAUAUUCCGUCCAUGGCGUUGUCCCGAGGCCGAGUCUUCGUUUACGACUUCAAUUUGGAUUGCACGACAGCGUGUUCGCGACGAGUAGAGUUUUGUAUAAUCGAGACGCAGCAACAGCGGAACGAACAGAAAUCUCUUUUUUUCUGUACAUAUUAGAUUCCGGGCCCCGUCGUUGUCGUCUACCGAUUGUAAUUACCAAGAGUGUACUAUUUCUCGUUAUAUUCGUUUGUACAUGUAUUAUUAUUAUUAUUAUUAUUAUAAAUAAUAUUAUUAGACCGUAGAUUAUAAUUAGAUCUAAUAAAUAAAUUACUUUUGUAUGAUAAAAUCAAAAGAUACCAAACGAAAUUGCGCGCGCGAGCGUGAGAUAUCUGGUUAUUGGUGUUAGCAGUAAACGUUAUAUAGUUUGUGUAACUAUAUUUUUUUUCUCGACUUUACUAACUCUCGAAAAUCACGCAUUAUGUAAACUCUACAAGAAAGAUAGAGUCACAAUUUAUUAGCUUGCUGCAACAGAUUUAUCUAUUUUUCAAGUUUAAUUUGUAUUAAGUUAUAAAAUUAUAAAAUUUAUAAAGCUCUUUGAAAAGAGGAAGGUUUCUUCUUGGAGUCUCGUGGCGAUAAUUUCGCUUCGAUUUUCGCUGAAGUUCUUCUCGCAUUAUUACUUACUCCGCGAGAUAUAAAUCUUUUGCAUCAAUCUGAUAUUUUGAUUUGAAUUCCAGAUAUGUAGGAAAAAGAGAGAAAGGAUUUCUUCAACUCUCGCUCUUAUUGCUCACGCCUUGUUCUUAUGUAUCUCUUCUCUUUGUCCUGGGAACUUUACCAAGCGUUUUACGAAUUCUCUUUCGCCUUCUCGUUCCUCUUGCGAACGAGGAGGAACGGGGAGGAUUUAGAGACUCAUCCGAGAGAUGAAUGCAGCAGGAAUGAGGAAAAAUAUACGAAUAGAAUUAAUUUUGUCGAUAGAA